AUGCUUCGACUCCGGCACUCUAUGUCUUCCUCCCCCCAGGAGCGUGUUACUGAGUCGCCACCGGAGAAUGAGCCUCUAUUAAAAGGCGAUAUGGCUCUGCAGGCGAGCGCACUUGAGCGGCGUCUCACAGGCCAUUACAUCCAGCCUCUCUGGAUGGUGAUCAGGACAACGUUGGCCUCGAGCUAUGCGAACUUGUUACUUCCCACAGUAUUCCUGGGCAUUGCUUCGGCAUCUUGGGGCUGGGGAGAUACUUCGACUUUCGUUCUCAACUUACUGGCGAUCUUCCCUCUCGCCUCCUUGCUUUCUUUUUCUACAGAGGAACUCGCGAAAAGUGUCGGCUCCGCCGUGGGAGGGUUGAUCAAUGCCACUUUUGGAAACGCAGUAGAGAUGAUUGUGGGUGCGACCGCGGUCAACAGAGGUGAAAUUCAUAUUGUUCAGGCCAGCAUGAUCGGAAGUGUACUAUCAGGAAACCUCCUUAUCCUCGGCUCUUGUUUCUUUGCCGGGGGCUAUAACAGACGGACUCUCCGCUUCAGCCCAGAUGUCAGCCAAAUCCUCUCCUCGUUGAUGGUGGUGAUAACUUCCUUUCUCCUGAUCCCGUCCGCUCUAUACGUCACCACUCGUGCCCCGGCCACCGACACGGAGGAGAGCGUCCUAAACCUGUCUCGCGCCGCUGCCAUUAUCCUUCUCCUUUACUAUCUGAUAUAUCUCUACUUCAAGCUGAAAAGCCACGCGGAUGUGUUUGUCUGCGAUGGUGAGGAGGAAGAGGAAGAAAUACAGCUUGGUCCGUGGUCCGCCAGUCUGGUACUGGUCCUGGCAACCCUCGGAGUCACUACCUGCUCCGACAGCCUUGUGGAAAGCAUUGAUGGCAUGGUCGAAACCUGGAGUAUCAGCAGGGCGUUUAUCGGUCUGAUCGUUGUCCCAAUCGUCGGGAACGCGGGUGAAUUCAAUACGACCGUCAACGCCGCCAUCAAAGGGCAUCUGGGCUUAGCGAUCGGCAUCAUCGCCGAGAGUACGCUGCAAAUCGCCCUGUUUGUCACCCCGUUCACGGUCAUUUGGGGCUGGGCCAUUGAUCAGCCCAUGUCGCUCCAUUUCAACACCUUUGAAAUCACCGUCUUUUCGCUAACGGCCAUCUUAACCAAAUGCCUCAUGCGGGAGGGCCAUUCCAACUGGUUCCAAGGCUAUUUAUUGAUUGGCAUGUAUUUGAUCCUUGCGAUCGCGUUCUAUGUGCAUCCAGAUUUAGAUCACAUCACACAGGAGGUCCCUUCUGGAUAG